UCAUGUUUACAAGCUUUACAUCCGGUUUGGGUAACGUUGUCACUUUUAGAGGGAUUUACCGGAUUAGACCUAAGACUUAACAUUGACUUGAUUGUGGCGAUCACCUCCGAAGAAAAUGAAGAACAAAUUAAAGUUGACACUUUCCUGUAUCGCUGUCAUCAUGGCAGUCAUCACCUGCUGUGUUGAAGGUGCUCCUCGGGAAAAGCGGGACUUGUUGCAACUGGUGGAACUACUGGAAGAGAUGACCAAUAAGAGUGGCCUGGCAUUCAAUAACUAUGGCUGUUACUGUGGCUGGGGAGGCCAGGGUGCCCCAGUAGAUGAUGUUGACAGGUGCUGUAUGUUACACGACAACUGUUAUGGUGUAGUUGGGAAGUGCUACCCAAAGUGGAUCCACUACAAGUAUGAGUUUGCUGCCCAUUCAGAGAGAGUUUUACAUUGUAUAGACGGCGGGAAAAACAACUGCUACAAGAAGACCUGUGAGUGCGAUACCAACUUAGCCAGAUGUGUAGCUAAAGCUCAAUACCACCCCAAAAAUAAGGAUAUGAAACAGGUGUCCUGUUAUAAAACCAAAACUCCGAUGAUUCCUAAAAACCCCUUCUCCAAGCAGUAAUGGAACCACCACCACUCGAAAACCUCUUCCAAAACUGAAAUGGAACCAUGGAUACAAGACAACCCCUUCACCAAACUGAAAUGGCUCUGAACUCUUCAACAACUGCAUCAUCAAACUAUCAAGCAAUCAAAGUAUCAGCUUGUGAUUUGUCUUUUUUCCGAUCUAUGAACAGACCCAAGAAAACUCUAUAAUACUGUAUGGUACAUUUUUUUGAGUGCGAGAGUAAAUUUCUACACGCUACCUGCACCGGGGAAUACUUAGUAGCUGGUGAUGCCAGGAAUCUACUUAUUAUAAAAAUUGAAAAUUCUUGUAUUAUUUGAUCAAACAGAGAUAAGAUCUAUCAUACCCUCUGGUACUGUUUUAGUUGCAUGCAUCUAGCAAUAAUCAAACAGAUUGUAUAGCCCAUGGUUUAUAGACAGAAAAUUCUGUAAUGUUAUGUCCUUUUAAUAAUAGAUAAUCUAUUUUGUCCUGUCCAUACUAGAUUAUCUGUCAUCUGUACUGGCCUGGAUAAUCCAUUUUGUCCUCAAUGUCCUGUUAGUGAUUGAUAAUCUAUUUUGUUGUUUGUCCUGUUGAUAUUAAAUAAUCUAUUUUGUCCUCAAUGAUCUGUCAGUGUUAGAUAAUCUAUUUUGACAUUUGUUCUGUCUGUACUAGCCUGGAUAAUCCAUUUUGUCAUUUGUCCUGUCUGUUCUGGCCUGGAUAAUCUCUAGUUUGUCUUUUCUCCUGUCCAUUCUAGAUAAUCUAUUUGUCAUUUGUCCUGUCUGUAGAAGAUCAUUUGUUUUUGUUUGUCCUAUCUCUAGUAGAUUAUCUGUUUUGUCAUUUGUCCUGUCUCUAGUAGAUUAUCUAUUUUGUCAUUUGUCCUGUCUGUACUGGCCUGGAUAAUCUAGUUUGUCUUCAAUGUUCUGUCAGUGCUGGAUAAUCUUGUUUGUUGUUUGUCCUGUUAAUAUUAGAUAAUCUAGUUUGUCCUCAAUGUUCUGUCAGUGCUAGAUAAUCCAUUUUGUCAUUUGUCCUGUCUGUACUGGCCUGGAUAAUCUCUAGUUUGUCUUUUGUCCUGUCAGUGCCAGAUAAUUAAUUCUGUACAAGAUACUGUAGAUGUUUUUCCUAGUGUUGUUAAGGUUUUCAUUGUUUACCACUUUAUCAGGGAUUAUUUGAGGAAAUGAGAUGUUACUAGCCACAAAUUUUGUGGCCAGAUCUGUUUUAUUGUUGUCUUUUUAAAUAGAUAUAUCACAAUUAUUUUUGAUAUGAAUAGAACUGAUUUUACAGAAAAUAUUUUGUCUUCAAAUAUCACAAGUUGUACAUUUUAAGUGGAAUUAAUGUGGUUUCUUCCUCCAGUAGAAGGCAUUUGUUGUUUGUAAAUUAAUGAACAUACUGGUUUACUAUUAUUGUUAUACGAAAGUAUGUAUUAAAUGAGAUCUGGCUUUUAAUCAGUUCAUAGGUUAUAAGUAUUUGACCGGAGAAUAUUUUUUAGGAAAUAUAUACAUAUUGAUGUACAUCUGUGGCCUCAAGUAUUCCCAAGUGCUCAUCUUCUCUUCCAUAAUAUCAUUAUUUUCUUUGUUCUGUACACAUUUAAUUUGUUUGAAUGUAUUAAUAUAGGUGGGUGUAUGUUGAUAAACAGGUGUAUGCAUUAAACAGUCCUACAGAUUCGUUAUGUUAUUUAAAUAAAUGUAUAUGCAUUGUGAGAUUAUCAGUGAACUGUUGAUACGAUAUGUACAUACUUACUAUGUAUGUGGACCUUGUGGUUGGGAACUUUUUUCCUAUUUAAUGCAAUGAUGGAAAUGCUGUUGUAAUUUUCCUGUAUAUCAAAAUCUGAAUAUCAAAUCUUUUGUCAGCAAACGUAAGAAAACAUUUCUUUUUUUCCAUAAAUAUAUCAUUGGUGUCAUUAUCUUUUCUAGACCAGUCAACACCUUCAAAGUCUAAAGGUUCGGUGUUAUGAUAGGAUUCAAUGUUCAUGGUUUGUCAUUUUGGUCUUAGAUAUAAAAUACUACUAAUUGCAAGGAUGAUGCUUGCCUAUCAAAUGUCACACUGGAGUAGCACCUUAAGGCCAGCAAUGCUCUACCAUCAUGUUGGCAUGUGCUUUCUGGUUUAAGGGGCCACAGUGGCUGAGUAAUUAAGGUGUCCCGCUACACUAUCACUAGCCCUCCACCUCUGGGUUGCGAGUUCGAAACCUACGUGGGGCAGUUGCCAGGUACUGACUGUGGCCGGUGGUUUUUCUCCGUAUACUCCGGCUUUCCUCCACCUCCAAAACAUAGCACAUCUUUAAAUGACCCUGCUGGCUGUUAAUAGGAUGUUAAUCAAAACAAACCAAACCAGAGCUUUCUGCUCAUGCUCAUAGGACCUUACCUGCUGAAAAGAUUAAACAAUUACUGUAGGUUCUUUUACCUUGUGUGAGAAUGUUCACAGAGAUGUGUUUUCAUUCAUAAGAAUGGACUACUGUCCACAGGUUCCCUUGUACAGUCUGAUUCUGUCAGCACACUAUGUUUAGAAGAAGAUACUAGUAAUUAUAUCAGAAGUAAAACCCUUGGAUUUUGGAGAUGCCUGUUAAAGGGAACAAGGUAUGAUAUUAAAUGUCUUGUAAAUCUUUCCAGAUUUUUUGUGUAAUCAGCUCACACAUUUGAAGUACUUAGAUCUGUUUAACAAAAUGCCCUGUUUAUCCUUUUAUCCGAAUAGCAAUACCCUGUACAUUAUGUGACUGGCAUAUUUUAUAUUGCUUCAAGGCAGACAUGUUUAAAUCAAGAAACAAUACAUUGAAAGUUCUUAAUGAAUCUCACUUUAAUGAUUAUUUAAAAGUGAUGUAUGUUGUUUGCAUUUAAAAUAUUUUUGAUAGAAUUGUUGUUUAUAUUAUGUGAAGAUUGGUAUGCUUGUAAACAAAUAAAUGUACUAUGUUCACUUUAAUUAGUGCCCAGGGCAUGGUGGCCGAGUGGUUAACGUGUCCCGACACUUUAUUACUUGCCCUCCACCUCUGGGUUGGGAAUUCGAAACCUACAUGGGGCAAUUAUUAGGUACUGACUGUAGGCCGUUGGUUUUUCUCCGGGUAUUCCGGCUUUCCCCCACCUCCAAAUCCAGACACGUCCUUAAAUGACCCUGGCUGUUAAUAGGACGUUAAACAAAAACAAACCAAACUCUUAAACAAUGGUUACAAAGGAGAGCUUAUUCAUGUAAUCAAAUCUGUUUUGUGGACACAAAAAUUAAUGUUUCUGAAGUCAGUAAGUUUGCUGCAUUGUUAUCAGAUAUAUAAAAUUUAUUGGGAGUCCCGUUUUUAUCACCAAACCUAAGCCUCUACAAAAUUUUAGUAAUAUGACCAACUUUGAAGUUGUUCCACGAUUAGGAGGGGGCUUUUAUAUAAUUUCAAUUUCUCCGCUGGAAAGGGGAGGGACACUUAUAGUGGGAGGUGCACCAAAUGUGGCCAAUACAGUAGUUUAUAAUCUUGCCAAGUAGAAAUAAACUGGCUGUUUAUUUGUAUUUGAUACAAUUUAUAUAGUGAGACAUUGUUUUUGACAUCUGUACUUAUAUGCAAUCUAUUUUUUUUUCUGAAUUUUACACUUUGGAAGAAAUUUACCGAAAAUAGAAUGAUACAGAACAUUACAUGAAUUUAUCAGAUAGUGUCAUGUUUAAGAUUAAACUACUUGUAAACUUAAGAAGGUUCCAAAGUAAACUAUUUUCCCCCUCGGUCAUGAAGAGGUAUGGUGUCCCCUGCCUGACCACAUGCGUUUAUUUCCGUUACUCCAGUUUUCUCUGCCAGUAAGAACCUGUAGGUACUUGCAUUGUUGUUAUAUACAAAAUUUUAUCUUCUAGCUACUGUUAAAUGUGAAAAGGUAUGGUGUUACCUAUCUGACCACAUGCGUUUAUUUCCGUUACUCCAGUUUUCUCUGCCAGUAAGAACGCGUAGGUACUUGUAUUGUUGUUAUAUACAAAAUUUUAUCUUCUAGCUACUGUUAAAUGUGAAAAGGUAUGGUGUUACCUGUCUGACCACAUGAGUUUAUUCCAGAUAUUCCAGUUUCCUCACACAGUAAGACCCCUUAGGUACUAACAUCCUCACUAAUUCAGCAGGAGUUUUUAAUAUAAAUUGAAAUUAAUUGUUUUGCAAUUGUUGUAAAAUAAAUAAAGUAAACAUUUUAAUAACUGUAGAUGUAAUUAUUGGAAGAAUUGCACUUCAAAGGCACAAUUGACAUACAGGUAACUGCAGUUUCUGGAUGCUAUUUCUAUAGCAUGCAUUGAGGAUGUGCAAAAUGGGCAUUUUGUUGUAAUUGUACUUAAUUUUUAGACAACAGUAUACAGCAUUACAGUUGUAUCAGUUUUCAGUGCUUACGUUUUUGUUGCCUCGAUGUUUUUAU